AUGGACGCCUCAAGAACUAAUGCCAAGAAGAACGAAUUCGUCGGUAACGUAAAGGACACUGUCGGUGAUACCGUUGGUAACGACUCCCUCCAAGCCAGAGGUAAGGCUCAAAACACUGCUGGUCAAACUGAAGGUGUCAUGGCCAAUGUCCAAGGCUAUGUCGAAGGUGCAUACGACCAAGUUGCUGGUGCUGUCAAGGGUGCUGCCAAUGCUCUCACUGGUGAUACUUCUGGUGAAGCCUCUGCCAAGACUCAACGUACCAAGGGUGAAGCUCAAAAGGAAUACAACGCUUAA